UAUGGAAAAAUUUAAUCGGUUGUUGAGAACUAACCUAUGAUUGGAUGGUUAGGAAGAUGGUUGGUGCACGAAGAAUCAAACUCAUUCUUUUAGUGGGAGGCAACAUUCCCAUAGACAGCGAUGUGCCUAUAAUGACUUCCUCAAUAUCAAGACGAGCCGGCUCGGUCUCACAAAGGUUGAAGGUGCUCAUGGUGGUAGAGUGUGUGUCCAGGCAUUUAUAGCGAUGAGUGUAUAUUUUCAGACACAAAAAAAGUGAAUAUGCAUGUACGUGAGCGCUUGCUGUAAUUGUGUUUUAAAAGAAAAUCGGUUGUUGGUGAGAUUUUGGGUGCAACUUGGAUUGGGCUUGCAGUUUUUCCUUUUUUUUACGGCUAUGAACGUUGUAGUUGCAUGGUACUCCCUCUGUAAAAAAAUAUAAAUGUGGUGCUCUAAACGCUCUAAUAUUUCUUUAUGAAGGAAGUACAAGCAGAGUUGUUGAUGCUUUGACGAAAGAGGCGAUGUCAGUCUCAGUCUCCGUCAUGCUUACAACCUCGAACUUAUUCUUUAUAAAAGCCAGCUAACUGCACAGACUUUCCACACGACACAACACGGAGGAUCCACAGAAGCAAGCAAAGGAGAGAAAAACAUGGCGUCGUCGCAGCCGGCCAAGGCCAAGCCGCACGUCCUGCUCAUCCCCUACCCGGCUCAAGGCCAUGUGAACCCGUUGCUGAGGCUGGCCAAGGCCCUGCACAUGCGCUCCUUCCACAUCACCUUCGUCCACACCGAGCACAACCAUCGCCGCCUCCUCCGGUCCCGCGGGCCGGGCGCCGUCGAGGAGGUCCCUGGCUUCCGAUUCGAGACAAUUCCUGACGGGCUCCCGCCGGCAGACCUCGAUGCCACCCAGGACAUCUGGAUGCUCUGUGAGGCCACGAGGCGGACGUGUCCGGGGCCUGUCAGGGAGCUCAUCGAGAGGCUCAGCCACACCGAGGGCGUCCCGCCGGUGACCUGCGUCAUCGCCGAUGGCGCCAUGGGGUUCGUGGUGCACGUGGCCAAGGAGUUGGUGCUGCCAGCCUAUCUGUUCUUCACGACCAGUGCAUGUGGGCUCUUGGCAUAUCUCAACUUUGAUCAGCUUGUCAAGAGAGGCUACGUGCCAUUCAAAGAUGAGAACUGCUUCACAGACGGUUACCUCGACACCCCUGUGGGCUGGAUAACCGGAAUGAUCAGCAACGUCCGCCUCCGCGACCUCCCAACGUUCAUCCACACGACCGACACCAAUGAUGUCAUGGUGACCAUCAACAUCAAGCAGUGCGAGCUGGACGCUCCCGCCGCUGACGGCAUCCUCCUCAACACCUUCGAUGACCUAGAGCAAACGUCGUUGGCCGCCAUCCGCGAGCGUCUACCCAACACCAUCACCAUCGGACCACUCAUCUCACUGCCGUCCUACCUUCCAUCCCUCACCUCGAGUUUGUGGAAAGAGGACAACGUAUGCACUUCUUGGCUGGACAAGCAACCGGAUGGCUCUGUGGUGUACGUCAACUUCGGGAGCAUCACAGUCAUGUCGACGGAGCAGAUGGUGGAGUUUGCACGGGGGUUAGAUGGCGCCGGCAGCCCGUUCCUAUGGGUUGUCCGGCCAGAUAUGGUGCGGGAUGGCAGCCUGCCUGAGGGGUUCGUGGAGGAGGUGGCGGGGAGGGGGCUCAUUGUGGGGUGGUGCAACCAGGAGGCGGUUCUGGAGCACCGCGCAACUGGGGGUUUCUUGACCCAUUGCGGGUGGAACUCGACACUGGAGAGCCUACGCGCUGGCGUGCCAAUGGUAUGUUGGCCAUUCUUCGCUGAGCAAGUGACCAACUGCAGGUACGCAUGUGACGAGUGGGGUGUCGGCAUUGAGAUGGCACGCCAGGCCGGGCGGGAAGAGGUGCAGGCGGCGGUGAGGGAGCUGAUGGGUGACAGGGCGAUGAGACGGAAGGCGGCAGAGUGGAAGGAGAAGGCAGAGAAGGCAGUCACCGUGGGUGGUUCAUCGCAUGGGAACCUCGAGAGGUUCAUCCAAGAGAUCGCACGCGUCAAGUGAUAGUAGUAUAUAUACUCUGGGAAAUGAUAAAAGUACAAACAUAUAUUGACUGUGCAAAGAAAUUUGUGCUACAUGCACAUUGUAUGUUUUAUGUAUGAGCUUUUGAGUAAUUAAUUGUGAUAUUGUUGUAUUUGGAAGGGAUGGGAAAUUAAUUACUGCUGGUCCCAUAUGAUACAUACGAGGGAUAGACGUACAGUGUAGUUGCAUAGAUCGGGUUUGCAUUUUGAUUGUAUCCUCUGAAUUACACCACUUGAAUUUUAAUUUUUGCUUUGUCGUAUAGUGUAGUGUCAUUCUUUUGUUUUUGCCGUAGUGCAUCUAACACUAGUCGUCGUAUGUUUUCUCUGCAAAUUUGUAGGGAACAGGCAAAGUCGGCAUAGGAUAGAUAGAAUAGGAUGGGUCUUUCAUUUUCGGGCUGUUAUCGCAACCUAAUUAACAUAUAGAUUAAUGUAAUUAACUGUAGCAGCCAAAUGACUUUGUUGAUGAGGUGGAGGAACGGAUCGUCCCGAGUAAAUUUAUGCAGAUAGAUGCCCUCCAGCAAUGUUAACCUCUCAUUCCUCAAUCCCCUCAACUUAUGAAUUCCCAUUGAACAUGUGCGACAUGGCUGACAUGCACACAACACCUUCUUAAUAGUUAUAUGUUUUUUAACUACAACAAUGCAACCACAUGUGUACAUGACAAAGAUGCAAAUAGAAAGAGGAAAGCAUAAGUGAUGCCUCCCUCUCCGAGCAAAUCCCCAAAAACUAUCACACAAUUCUGGCC